AUGGGGUCUGAUCCGCAGUACAUCAAGUUUCCUGACCUCACCCUCGCCCAGCAUGUCUUCAACCUCUCCAACCCAUCAUGCCCCCAGACCGUACGGCAGACAUCGCUGAAGAGAAUCCAGGAUGCUAUCUCAGAGCAUAAGAUGGCUCCUUUCUACCGACACCUCGCACACCCCGUCGAAGGCAUUCUGAACUAUUCUGGCGAAGGUGUACCUCAGCAUGGCACCAGCGGGUCGAACAAGGCCUUGAUUACCUCCAACUUGUUGGCGUCUCGGAAAUCAUCACAGAAGAUCGAUUUCCCAUGGGAUGAAGCGCUAUACCAGUCCUUGGUCGAGGAUAACAAGAAAGAGCUGGAAGCCUUCCAGAAGGAAGAAGGCGAGGCUGAAGAAGCGGCUGGUGAGACCGAGGUGUUGGCUGCACGGGGGAAGCGUGCCGAAUUCUGGGCACGCGUAGGAGAUAAGGACAAAGCUAUCGAGUCACAUGAAACCCUCCUUGAGAAGACAACGUUCCUCGGAACCAAGAUCGAUCUCGUUCUUGCUAUGGUUCGAAUUGGCCUCUUCUUUGGCGAUGCCGUGUCUGUCAAGAAGAAUAUCGAAAAGGCGAAUACCCUGAUCGAGAGUGGUGGUGACUGGGACCGCAGGAAUCGUCUCAAGGCUUACAAGGGCCUCCAUCUGCUUACUGUUCGCUCCUACAACCUCGCGGCUCCUCUUCUUCUCGAUAGUCUGUCUACAUUCACGAGCUACGAGCUGUGCAGUUAUUCGGCUCUGGUCAUCUACUCGGUCCUUGCGGGCUCAUUGUCCCUAAAGCGAGUAGACUUCAAAGCAAAGGUUGUGGACGCCCCAGAAAUCAAGGCAAUUCUCGGAGCUGGGGAGGACAGAUUGGCUGCUCUGACAGGCGAAAUCUCCGCUGGACAAGGUGCUGGGGAUGAGGAGAUGAAGGAUGCAUCGCCUUCGACGGCUACCCCAGGCACAGCCACCACCGCGGUCAACUUGACCACCUUGGGAACAGGUUCUGGCCUCCAGGCCGAGACAGAACCUCCCGUUGACUUUUCGUCUCUUGCCAACUUGGUCGACAGCCUUUACAGCGGCAACUACCGCACAUUUUUCCGGGCAUUGGCGGCCGUGGAAGAUAAUUUCCUCACGCAGGACCGGUACCUGUUCGAGCACCGGGCCUGGUUCGUUCGGGAGAUGAGACUCCGCGCCUACCAGCAGCUGCUUCAAAGCUACCGGGUGGUUGGGUUGAAUAGCAUGGCAAAUGACUUUGGCGUCACUGUCGACUUCCUGGAUCGGGAUUUGGCGAAGUUUAUUGCCAGCAACCGUAUCGCGUGCACCAUUGAUCGAGUGAACGGAAUCAUUGAGACAAACCGGCCUGACGACAAGAACAAGCAGUAUGCUGAUUUGGUCAAGCAUGGUGAUGCCCUCAUCACGAAGCUCCAGAAGUACGGUCAGGCUGUGCGGCUACGGGGGAGCGAACGAAGCUAG